AUGGCUUCCAACAUCUUGAAUUCUGCAGAAAGCGUCGAAGUCGUGAAGUCGCUCCAAUCCAGCGAUGAUCCCAAUGCGAAAAUACCAAUGAGCUUUGAAAUGUCAAUCAGCAACGGGUGGGCUGAUAUAAAAUUGGUCGGAGGCUCGCUCUCAAACACUGUCACCGGCUCCUUUGCCGCCCCUGGGAUUCCUGGGAUGGGGAUCCAGUUCUCUAAAGACCAGUAUGUAUCACAGAUCCAACACGAAUACAAAACCCUCGAGUUAAUCACGAGACCUAUGCAGGGGAAGAUUAUCAGUGUCUUCCGAAGACCAAAGCAAACUACAUGGGACCGUGGCAAUUGGGAUACUCAACAUGGAUUCUAUCAUGUCUGA